UGCGGUUUUCAUUGCGCUAAAGUAAUAAAUUAUUACAUACAUAGAUGGUCUACAUACACAUGAUGGUUGCAUUUGUAACGUCGAUAUUCAGUAAAACAACAUUGUUGUGUUGUCGAUUUUCAUGGAUAUUUAUUGCCUGUUUAACGUUAACAACAGAUGAAUGUUGGUGCCUUCGAGAUGUACAACUAGUUGUGUUACCCCCAGCAGUGGAACGUGGAGGCAGUGUUGCACUGUUAUGUCGAUAUGACUUAGAAAAUGCACCAUUAUAUUCAGUUAAUUGGUAUCGUGGGACAUAUGAAUUUUAUCGAUAUAGUCCCAGUGAAAUACCAACAAUUAAAUUGUUCAAAUUAAAUGGCAUACACGUUGAUGACACACUUUCAAAUUCUACACAAGUUGUAUUAAGUGAUGUAUCAUUUUCCUUAUCGGGAAAUUUUAGUUGUGAAGUUACAACAGAUUCUCCUUUCUUCUCUGCGCAAACUGCUUCAGCUGAAUUAACAGUGAUUGAAUUACCAGAAACACCGCCAAUAUUAAUGGUAGAACGAGAUCAUUACUCCCUUGGAGAUAUUUUACGAGCUAACUGUACAUCACCACCUUCACGGCCUCCUGCUGGAAUUACAUUUCACAUUAAUGGAAUGAUGGUGGGUGUUGAAUCUAUUGACCGAUAUGGUGCCGAUAAUCUAUUAUCAUCUGGGCAUACAACGAAUACAUUUAAUGGUAUUGGUGGAAGUCAAUUAAAUCCCUAUUAUAAUAAUGAUGGUUCCACAAAUCUAUGGAAUCCAUCAAUAAAUAGGUCAACAAGUGCGUCACCGAAUACAUUACAAGUGACGUGUACAGCACACAUAGCACCGGGUGAUUAUCAUCGAUCAACCAAUGUACAAAUUCCAGUUCGAUUAGGUGAACCAGUACAUGAAAGGGUGAUGUCACCGUCAAGUGGAAGUACAAGAACAAGAAUUGAUAAAACUCAUAUACUGUUAUUUAAUUUAUUCAGUAUUUUAAUAACAAAACUAAACUGGUAAGCUAUAUUUUGUAAAAUACUAAAACACACUGCAUAUAUUUUGCUUAGAUGAGAAACAACAACACAAAAUUGCUACAGAAGCGUUGAUGAAUAAUUUUUGAACCAGAACGUUUAGCUAUAAACAUAUCCGAAAUCAGACAAAAUAAAACAAUAGAAGCAUUAUUAUUAAAAGAUAAAGAUGCAUUAAAAAAAAAAUUCAAUUCUAUCUUUAUUUUGUCUAAUUUUGUCUAAUGUUGAAUUUGGCGAAUAAAAAUGUAUCUUAUUAUAUUUGCUAGAGACGAACACCAUCUAGGCUUGUGUUGCAAUUUUGCUUAGAAGUGGAGUAUGUUUUUCACGGAACAAGUACAUUAGAGAAUAUAACGUAUUAGUACGGCGACCAAAUAAUCCACUCAACCUACUG